GAUGGCGCUACCCGGUGUGAUACUCGUGCGACUCAGAGCGCUGGGCAAUGUUGCCAAAUGCGUUCAAACUGGAGCAAAAACACCGUUCAACUGGGGCAAAGAGAUGCGGUGGUAUGGAACAAGACCCAGAACCUUUCAGAAGCACAGCACAUCUAACUGUGACUACAAGCGAGGUAAUGGUAACCCAAACAUCCUGAAGGAGUUCCCAGAUGCCAAAAGCCUCUUGAAUAACACAAUUUCCCGUUCGCUGGGAGUGAACGACCUGUCCCAGCUCAUCCAGUACAGCUGCUCGGAACAGGACGGGACCAAGAAAGUCACAGUCACGCUGCAGUGGCCCAGCAAGAUUGAAGCAGAGGGCUAUGCUUCCAAAAAGAUUGAUGCAGAGCGACUUGCUGCUGCCGCUGCUUGUCUCAAGCUCAGAGAUAUGGGUGUGAUUGGUCCAAACAACGAGCUUCCCCAGAGGAGAGUCGGCCGGGGGAGAGGAGGGCUACAUUCCUCCCUUUAUGAUGAGGAAAACGGCUGGACAGAUGAUGCUCACCUGCCCAGAGCAGAUAAACCGUCACUUCCUCAAGGAGACUCCCAGGAUGUCUCCGAAGCUCUAUCCAUGUUUCCAUAUCCUAAAUCAGUCCUGACAAGGGUCGUCCAGGUGGCCACAUCAACCAACAGAACCAAGGAGCUCAUACAGUUCAGAACAAGUGGAGGGAAGAUAAAGAAAAGUGUGCUGACUCUGCUUUGGCCUGAAGAGAGGACAUUCACAGCCACAGCAAACAGUCGCUUGUCUGCAGAAAAGAAAGCUGCAGCGCUCGCCUGCAUGAAGCUCAAGGAGCUGGAGUUGCUGGAUAAAGACAACAACCCACUGACUCAUGCCAAGUACCAUCAAGAAAAGGUGAAACAGGCUGGAGAGAGGGAGAGGCGCCCACUCCCAGUGGAAAUCCCAGAAUACUUGCAGAAAAAUAUCAGGGAGUACCUCUCACAGUAUCCAGUGGCAACAGAAGUACAGAAACUCUGGGAGGAAGAAGAGGCGGCUCAGGGACAGCAAGCAAUGAACCCUGAGCAUGACAAUGAGGACGAGGAGGACUUUGUUACUGAUGCCAUCACUGGCAGGACAUACAGGCCUCUGUCUGAACAUCAGGCUCAGCAGCUUAACCUGGACCUGCAGAAGGAAUGGGAACGGGCCAACCCUGGACUGAGUGUGGAGCUACCAGUCGAUACCCACCGUCAGAGGGUGGUCUCAGCAGUUUGCUCUUCUAGGGUGGUGGUGAUUGCUGGGGAGACCGGAUGUGGUAAAACGACACGGAUUCCUCGCUUUCUGCUGGAGGAUCACGUGACGGGUGGAUCGGGUGCAGAGUGCAACAUCUUGGUGACCCAGCCUCGUCGGAUCAGCGCUGUGUCUGUGGCUCACCGUGUUGCUCAGGAGAUGGGUCCCACCCUCAAACACCAUAUUGGAUAUCAGGUGAGACUUGAGAGCCGGCCCCCACAGAGCAACGGAGGAGCUAUGCUAUUCCUCACAGUGGGAGUCCUGUUGAAGAAGCUGCAGUCAAAUCCAACACUGACGGGAAUCAGUCACGUUGUGGUGGACGAGGUCCACGAGAGAGACGUAAACACAGAUCUGCUGCUGGCAUUACUGCGGUCGAGCUUAAAGGAGAACCCUGGCUUGCGCGUUGUGCUCAUGAGUGCUACAGGGGACAACCAGAAGCUGGCUGAAUACUUUGGAGGCUGCCCCAUUGUCAAGGUGCCGGGGUUUAUGUACCCAGUACAAGACAGAUACCUAGAGGACAUACUCAGAGAGAUGAGACGCCCUCCAAUGGUAGCACAAAGAAUGAAGCCAGACAAGCAGGAGGGGCUAGAUGAAGCCGCCCCAGAUAUGGAUUUAGUUGCUGAUCUUAUAGAGCACAUUGACAGACAUGGAAAACCAGGUGCAGUGCUGUGUUUCCUCCCUGGGUGGCAGGACAUCAAAGCAGUUCAAGACAAACUUAAUGGAAAAUCCCACUUCUCCUCAGGCUCACACAUGAUUGUCCCAUUGCACUCUAGCUUAUCGGUGGCGGACCAGCAGGCUGUGUUCCAGCGACCGCAAGCGGGCCAGAGAAAGAUUGUACUCGCCACCAAUAUUGCUGAGACCUCCAUUACAAUAGAUGAUAUUAUCUAUGUGGUGGAUGCAGGAACUCACAAAGAGCAGAAUUAUGACCCACGGACAAAGGUCUCUUGUCUGGAUACAGUUUGGAUAUCUCGCUCAAAUGUCACGCAAAGAAAAGGACGAGCAGGACGUUGUCAACCAGGACAGUCCUACCACCUGUUCCCAAGAGAACAACUGGAAUCAAUGACUCCCUUCCCUGUUCCCGAGAUACUGCGUAUUCCACUGGAGAAUUUAGUGCUGCAGGCUAAAAUCCACAGUCCUAACUCCAAGGCUGUCGACUUCUUAUCCCAGGUUUUGGACAGUCCAGAACAGGAUGCUGUGAGAGAUGCCGUCCGAAUUCUUCAAGAUAUAGGAGUUCUGGACCAAACCGAAAGCCUGACUCCUCUUGGACAGCGUGUUUCCUGUAUGUCAUGUGAUCCACGGCUGGGGAAAGUGCUGGUCCUCGGCGCCAUGUUCAGAUGUGUUCUGCCCAUGUCGGCUAUAGCUGCCAGUCUGACCAGAGACCCCUUCUACAACAGCAUGCAGAACAGAUCACUCGUCAGCAAGGCUAAGGAGGCUCUGAGUGGCUCGAGCUGCAGUGACUAUUUGGCGUUCAGUAGAGCGGUUCUGGGCUGGAGGAGAGUUCAGCAGGAUGGUGACAGAGAGGACAGAGAUAAAUAUCUGAACGAGUACAUUUUGUCCAGAGCCGGUCUCCGAUUCAUCAAUGGUCUCAUUUCUCAGUUCAGCGAGAACCUGCAUGAAGCGGGGCUGGUUUCUCGUAGCAGUGACUGCCAGCAUCGUGCCUCUCUCUACAAUCGGCACAGCAACGAGACUGAGCUGCUCAAAGCUGUGCUGAUGGCUGGACUGUAUCCCAACCUCAUCCAGGUAAAGAAAGGUGUUGUAAACAAAGGACGCUUUCGUCCCAACAGUUUAGCUUUCCGCACAUUCAGUGGGCCGGUGCUGCUUCAUCGCUCCUCCGUGAACAGGGGAAAAGACAAACUCCCUAGUCGCUGGUUGACAUUCUUCAGUGCAGUCAAGUCUAAUGGGAACGUUUUCAUUCGAGACUCUUCUACAGUCCAUCCACUGGCCCUGCUGCUGCUCACAGACUGUGACAUCUCAGAGACAGUGAAUGGCAGCAGAGUGGAGAUAUCGUUUCCUGGACGUGGUCUCAUGCGCUGCGAACUGUCAGUUGAGACGUGGGAGUUUCUGUGGGAGCUGCGUACUUCCAUUCAGACCAUGCUAUACCGCAACCUCAACAAUCCCAGGAACGCAAACACUUUUCAAGAUGGAAAGCUCAUAUCCUUAAUCGUGGAGCUGCUCAACAAUACAGAGUCAAACCCUGUCGUUCACAGUGCCAGUAGAGAAAGUGAGGUAGAUUAAAAAUGAAUGUGUAUGUGUCGUUUUUCUUUUUUUGUCGCAUCUUUUGGCUGGUACAGAAGGACCAAAGAGGAAAAGGAUUUGAUUUUGUAAGCACUUUUGAGUGAAGUCUGUUAAACACGCUGAAUUAAUCAGGAAUUGUUUUAGAAGCAGAAAUCCACAGUGGAUUGUUAGCCACCGGCUUGUUUUCAUUGGAAAGCCAAAGUUUCCUCAGCAUGAGGGAAUUAAUCAUUUGAGUCUUCACUUUUUUUUUUCCUGUUUUGCCCAAUGGUUAAAUGCUCAUUGAAAAGCAUAAGCUGGAUUUAAUUCAGAAUAAAGACGGAGGCCUUUUGAAAUGGACUGUAUGUAAUUAAAUAUUUAUUGUAUUAAACAUUUACAUGGCUUACUUAGGUAGUU